ACAGAGCUACACACACGUUGCGUCGAGACGCGGUCGCUACUUCACUCGGAAAUUGUUACGCGUGAACUUAGUCUCCGAAAAUGUUCUCAUUUGUCCACUCGACUAGGACUCUUUUGUCUAGAUAUUAGGCGUGACUUCGAUUAAUAAUAAAGCAACUUAAUUCCAUAUAUAAUUUAAUAAAUAAAUUCAAAACAGAGAGUGUUAUUUUGAAGUGGGUCCGAGCGAUAUUUUCGUACCUGGGCAUAAUGCCAGGCUGUUUUUGAUAUUGCGAACGAUAUCAGCUACAGUGCAAUGUUUUAAUUUGUAAAUAAAUGAAACGGUUUGCUUUAUUGUUCUUAGUGUUCUUUAAUUAAAUACAGUGAUGGAGUGUACCUGAAGUUCACAGUUUCACCUUAAUUGUUUGCUCGCCUAAGUCAAUAUGAAUAAUUUAAAUAAGUGCGUAUACAAUUGACUUGACAUCAAAUAUUUUCACGUGUUUUUAUAUAUGACGAUGCGCUGUGUAUAAGAAUGGAAGUUUCAAAAUCGGACUGUGCAUCCAGCCUUCAAACCCCUAACAUUACACGGAGUCCAAUUAGGAGAACGUUAGGUCCUCCUAAGAAAUCUAUAGCUUCUAAGCUAUGGGACUUACUACAACCACUUGCUAGGCUUUGGGGCCUCGUUACAGCAGUAGUAAUGAGUGGUGCCGGUGCCCAACUCCUCGUCUUAGGAUAUGAAGUGGCGCCUGGUAUGCUUGCCGGUGCAGCAUCAGUGCUUAUUCUCGAGACGAUGUGGGUGGCCGCUCUGUUUGUGGACCUACUCUGCAGAAGGGGCGAGUACACUCUAUCAUUGAGAUGCUGGGACUUUAUGCGCUGGUCCUGUGGCCGAGCACGGGCACCGUUCUAUGCUUGCGCAGCAACAGCCAUUUUAUUCGCAAAUCUUACGCUACUUGCAACUGUAGCAGGUGGAAUGCUGUUAGUUCUAGCAGCUCUUCGUGCUGCAGUACCCUUUUCACCUUAUGCAACCCACGGACCACAUUCGCCGAGGGCUGGCAGUUCACUUCUGAGUCAGCAUGACUCACCGUUACCAGACGUGUUCUACAAUGCAGGAAACUCCGUAGAGGAAAGAUCUGAAGAGAUGACAGUUCUCAAUACGAGGACUCCAGACAGGGCUCGUUCGGUAACGCCUAAGCCUCCACUUCUGGAACUAUGAAAUAUUAGAGUAUUCUAGAUUGUAGAUAAUUAUUUCAAGGAUAGUAACUGCUGAUUGGAUACGAUGUAAAAUUCAUAUGUAAAAUAUAGGUAUAGGUAGUAUAGUUUAUUUAUUAUAUUUAUAUAAUUUUAUACGUACAGAACAUCUGUGAUAGUUUAGAUUGUACUUGCGAAUCAACGAUCAACUAAUCUAAUUUAAACUACAGUGGUGUUAGUUUAAAAUAAACUAUA